UUGACUUUGAAUACAUUAAGUAACACGAUGUCACCGUCCAUUGACAGAAACUCGAGCGUGUUCCAGAACCAACCACCAUUUCCCAAACUCACUAAACCUCUAUUCUACGCCCUCUCUCUCACACACUAGCCGUACACGAAAAACCUACUAUCUAUUCUCAUAACAACUCACCCCUUCUUUUCCUCCAAAUUACACAUAUUGCCACCACCUUUCUUCUUCUCUCAUCACCCCUUCUUUCUACUUCUACUUUCCAAUUUCCACCACCAUCAAUCCCACACGUGUGAAACAUGAACUCUCUUCAAUUCCGUUACGCUCUCUCUCCUCACUCAACAACCCCCCGAUUUUCUCGCACUUUCCCGCCUCAUUUUCAUUUUCCAAGAAAUUCGCGGUUUCUCUCUUUCACAGGACUCAAUGGAAGUAGAAGAAUAAGCAGAAGAAAGCAAGGUUUCUCAAUUUGCUGUUCCUCCAAAAUCGAUUCUCAGAUUGGUACGAUUCCUAUUGAGAAAAACGAUGAACGGCCUCCGUUUGAUAUCAACCUUGCUGUGAUUCUUGCUGGUUUCGCCUUUGAAGCAUACACAACUCCUCCUGAAAACUUGGGUAGGCGUGAAGUUGAUGCAGGUGGUAGCAAGACAAUCUAUCUUUCUGAGGAAUUUUUUCGUGAACUUUAUGACGGACAACUCUUCAUAAAGUUGAAAAAAGGAUCCAGUUUCCCUGCCAUGGAUCCAUGGGGAACAAGUGAUCCAUAUAUGGUCAUACAGAUGGAUUCUCAGUCUGCUAAAAGCAAUAUCAAAUGGGGGACAAAAGAGCCAACGUGGAAUGAGGAGUUUACUUUUAAUUUCAAGCGAUCUUCAAAUAAAGCUCUACAGGUUGCAGCUUGGGAUGCAAACCUUGUAACCCCUCACAAACGCAUGGGGAAUGCAGUUGUUGAUUUGGAAUGGCUUUGUGACGGAGAUACACAUGAAAUACUGGUGGAGUUGGAAGGAAUGGGUGGUGGUGGAGAGGUUUGGCUGGAGGUUAAGUACAAGACCUUUGAAGAAAUUGACGAUGAGAAAAAGUGGUGGAAGAUACCUUUUGUUUCAGACUUUUUAAAGAAGAAUGGUUUUGAUUCUGCACUCAGAAAGGUUACUGGUUCUGAUACAGUACAAGUCAGCCAAUUUGUGGAGUAUGCAUUUGGGCAGAUAAAGUCAUUUAACAAUGAGAAGGGUCGGAUGUCUGAUAAUGAUAAAUAUGAUAUUGGAAGUUCUGAGCAAUCAAAUGAAUCUGCUAUUAUGUUGAAGACGCCUUCUCGUGAGGCUGGUAGUUCAGAAUUCUCUAGUGAACAAAGAAACAUGGAAGAGUUUCUCUCACGUGACAGUGAAACUGGAAAUGAAUAUGCUUUAGAACCAUCACCACAAGCUAGUGAGGAAGAACUGUCAAAUCAACGUUUUUGGAUGAAUUUUUCUAAUGUUAUCAAUGCCAACAUUGUUCAAAAGCUGGGUCUCUCUGUUCCGGAGAAAUUAAAGUGGGACGGACUGGAGUUUCUAAACAAAAUUGGCUCGCAAUCCCAAGAUAUUGCAGAUGAUGUUUAUAUUCAAUCCGGUCUUGCGAUGCCUGGAGGCACAGAGGAAUCAGACAACAAAACAAGUGGUCAGCCUGCCAUUGCUGCAAUCCAGUCUUCACUUCCAGAGGUCAAAAAGGUUAGUGAGAAAUUGAUGAAGCAAACUGAAUCAAUUUUAGGAGGUUUAAUGCUUUUGACGGCAACAGUUUCCAAAAUGAAAGAUGAAGGACGUUCUUCUGAAGAGAGGAAAACCAAAGACGACUCUUCCAAAGGAGUAGGCAGUGAUGUUCAAUAUUCAACUAGUGAGAAGUCUCCUAGCCCAGAAAACAGAUCAUUGUUGAAUGAUAAACAAACUGAAGAAAUGAGAGCACUUUUUUCAACUGCUGAAAGUGCCAUGGAGGCUUGGACAAUGCUGGCGACUUCACUAGGUCAUCCUAGUUUCAUUAAGUCCGAGUUCGAAAAGAUAUGUUUCUUAGAUAAUGCAUCAACCGACACACAGGUUGCAGUUUGGCGUGAUUCUGUGCGAAGAAGGUUAGUGAUUGCAUUUAGGGGAACGGAACAGACAGCAUGGAAGGACUUAGUAACAGAUCUAAUGCUUGUUCCAGCCGGGCUAAAUCCUGAAAGGAUUGGUGGAGACUUCAAGCAAGAGAUUCAAGUUCACAGUGGCUUUCUAAGUGCAUAUGAUUCAGUAAGGACCAGGAUUAUUUCUCUGAUUCGACUUGCAAUUGGUUAUGUGGAUGAUCAUUCUGAGUUCACCCACAAAUGGCAUAUUUAUAUAACCGGUCAUAGUUUGGGUGGUGCAUUGGCUACCUUGCUUGCCCUUGAACUUUCAUCAAAUCAAUUAGCGAGGAGCGAUUUCUAUCACUAUGUAUAAUUUUGGUUCUCCCAGGGUUGGUAACAAAAUUUUUGCAGAGGUUUACAAUGAGGUCAGAAAAAGGUUACACAAUUAGUUUGUUGACGCCGUUCUUGUCGCCUUGUUACCGGCUAUAUUAAAUUAAGUAUCCAUGAAACUAAGCUACAUGUUAAACUCCUAAUUAUCAACAGCAAAUUUAUAGCCCCUGAGUAGGAGAUACUAACACUAAAUGUCAGACACUUUCCAACAGCUGACAGGAAGAAUACUAGGAUCUAUAUUUAAAUUUAGCAUCUAAAGUCAAGAAAGAACAUAUAGCUCAAUUUAUAUCUCCCUUUUCUCCAUAAUAUAAAGUACACUCAAGCUAUGCUGUUGUCCUUUUAGGAGUGUCAAUUUUAUAUUUGUUGCCACAUGCUGAAAGUUCUUAAUAAUGCCCACGGUUUGUUAUUGGGCACGUCGUCUACCUUUGUUGUAGCAGUACAUCAUCUUAAGUUUAUUGAGUUUAAGGGGUGGGUUUAUUCCCACAUUGCCUAGAAAUCUAACCUUUGUAGUGCAUAUAAGGUUUAGAUAGUCCUCACCUUACUAUACUAAGACCAAACUCUAAAGACAAUUGCUGUCUUCUUAGUAUGGCUCACAACAGACAAUUCGGAAAAUGGUGUUCAACAAGUCCCAAAAAACAGAUAAUGAAUGGUGCAUAUGGUGAAAAGUCACAGCAAACUCUGGAAUAUUUUAUUUAGAGCUAUUUUGCCUUCCAAACUGUCAUGUGUUGGGUAAAAAGUAGAGUUGCUUGUUUCUCUGUUUAUGUUUGUAAAACAAUUAACAGUUUUGCUCUUAUAUUUGCAGAAAGUUAAAGAUAGCUGGCGAGUUGUGAAUCAUAGAGAUAUCAUUCCUACAAUACCCCGGUUAAUGGGAUAUUGUCACGUCAACCAACCUUUAUUUCUUGCUGCGGGAGUUCCAACAAAUUCCCUAGAGAAUAAAGAUAUUUUAGGAGAUGGUUACGAAGGCGAUGUUCUUGGGGAAUCCACACCAGAUGUUAUAGUCAACGAAUUUGUA